AGCUCCCUCCCCCCCAAAAAACCCAGCGCGCCUCACGUUGCAUGGGUCCUCGGUUAUUGAUAACACAAUUUGCCCGGUGGGAUCCAUCCCGGUUGUGUGAAACGCGUGGAUACAGGGACUGGAGAUACAACAGCCAGCGCGCACCGAGGGAAAAACAACAAUCUACUCAUUUACACCGACAAAUAGAAAGCCGAGUACACCCCUUCACUUGACAACGCGACAUCAAGCAGGCAAAAAGGCGAACGUCUCAUCUUUCCAUCCUCCACCCUAACCUGCCGUGUUGGGGAUACCCCUAAUGAGUGGGACCUGUAUCCAUGAGCCCCGCGCCCCUUCCCCCUCCCUGUCAGGCUUCAGCACCCCCAUCUCAGAGCCCUCCUAUCGAAGAAUCGAUGGAGACACCGCUGCCUGCACCCCCGAAACGGACCUGACGCCCACACAGUGUGUCAUCCGCAACCUGCUGUCCAUCGACACCGGUGGACCGGGGGCUCCGGGCGGCAGCAGCCCCACCCCCAGUGAUGGACCCUCAGCCUACUUUGACAACAGCGUGCUAAAACUACAUGAACAUGAGGCCUGCCAGUGUGGCGGGGGGGCGGAGGCGGGCCACAGUCCAGAGGCUGGGGCUGUUCGGAGCCAGUCGGAUAACAUUCGGCUGCAAUCAGGAAGCGGAGGUUUUUUGGAGGGACUGUUUGGAUGCCUUAAGCCGGUCUGGACCAUGAUUGGAAAGGCCUACUCCACUGAACACAAACACAGCCAUGAAGGUCUGAGUUUAGAGUCCUGGGAAGUUCCCUUUGAGGAGAUCUCCGACCUGCAGUGGGUGGGCAGCGGUGCUCAGGGGGCCGUCUUCCUCGGCAAGUUCCACGGAGACGACGUGGCUGUAAAGAAAGUGCGAGACAUCAAAGAGACCGAGAUCAAACACCUCCGCAAACUCAAGCACCCCAACAUCAUCACUUUCAAGGGCGUGUGCACCCAGGCUCCUUGUUACUGUAUCUUGAUGGAGUACUGCGCCCAAGGCCAGCUGUACGAGGUGCUGAGGGCGGGCCGGAAAAUCGCCCCUUCCCUCAUGGUGGACUGGUCCAUGGGCAUAGCAGGUGGCAUGAACUACCUGCACCUCCACAAAAUCAUCCACCGAGACCUCAAGUCCCCCAACAUGCUGAUCACACACGAUGACCUGGUGAAGAUCUCUGACUUCGGCACCUCGAGGGAGCUCAGGGACAAAAGCACCAAGAUGUCGUUCGCCGGCACCGUUGCUUGGAUGGCGCCUGAAGUCAUUCGGAAUGAGCCGGUGUCGGAGAAGGUGGACAUCUGGUCCUUUGGAGUGGUGCUGUGGGAGAUGCUGACUGGAGAGGUUCCUUACAGAGACGUGGACUCAUCUGCCAUCAUCUGGGGAGUGGGGAACAACAGCCUGCAGCUGCCCAUACCUGAGAGCUGCCCCGACGGCUUCAAGAUCCUCCUCAGACAGUGCUGGAACUGUAAACCCAGGAACAGGCCCUCUUUCCGUCAGAUCCUUCUUCAUCUUGAUAUAGCGUCAGCGGAUGUGCUGUCCACUCCACAAGAGACGUACUUCAAGUCUCAGGCUGAAUGGCGGGAGGAGGUGAAACAGCACUUCGAGAAGAUUAAAUCUGAGGGUACUUGUAUCCACCGACUCGAUGAGGAACUGAUCAACCGACGCAGAGAAGAGCUCAGGCAUGCUUUGGACAUUCGUGAGCACUAUGAGAGAAAACUGGAGAGGGCUAACAACCUUUACAUGGAGCUGAGCGCCGUCAUGCUGCAGCUGGAGCUGAAAGAGAAGGAGUUGCAGAAGAGAGAGCAGUCUUUGGAUAAAAAGUACCCAGGUUUGUUCAAGCAUCACAGCUCCAGGCAGAGCAGCUCCUCCAACACCAUGGACAAACUCAUCAAGAAACGAAACGUCCCGCAGAAACUGCCCUCGGGAAAGAGGCCAGACAUUCUCAAGUCUGAGGUAAUCAUUCCCAAAAUGGACUCCUCUGUGAUGCUAGUCACCAUCCCGGCGUGCCCCAACAGAAGCUCCACUUCCCCCAGCCGCUCUCGGAGGGUAAAGACCCGCCAUCGCAAGCCGGGGAAGGGCAGUAGCGGGGACCUGGCUGGACUGAAGGCAAAUCAGUCUAAUAGGGACGCGACUGCCCAGGCUAACAGUGGCAGCACCAACACCUCCAAGCAGCUGCUGGAGCCGUCUGCAGCGCAACAGAGGCAGCUCUCCUCCUCCAGCCCCGACCUCAUCUGCACCGCGCUCCAGGCGGAGGGGCAGGGGAAAGGGGAGCCCUCUGUGGGGGGGCUGGAGAGAGGGGGGAGCGUCAGUGCCUCUGCGGGGUUAGGGGGUUCCGUGGCAGGAGCCGCCGGUCUGGAUGAUCUCACAGAAACGCCUCCACGCAGCGACACGCCGAGCGAGGACGCAGCGUCGUUCCCCUUCUCCAGCAGCCCAGACUCUCCGUGUGGGAGGGGGGCGGGAGCAGCGAGGGGGUCUCUGGGAUCUCCACGUCAUGAUGGGGAGGAUAAAGAGGAGGGGGCUGUGAGGCUGCCCCGUGGAGCAUCAGGGGGGAUUGGGAGUCAGCACCUCACCCCCUCAGCCAUUCUGUACAGAGCAGCUAUCUCACGCAAACAGAGGCGUGGAGUGUCGUCCGAGGAGGAGGAGGGGGAAGUUGACAGUGAAGUUGAGUUACCACGGAGACGACGUCCGACUAGCAUCACCAAGGGCCAGUCGGUGUCCACCUUCAGCUCAGAGAACCUGUCGGUGUCGGAUGGCGAGGAGGGCCACACUACGGACCACUCGCACAGCGGCACCCCCGACGUGGUUAGCACCAACACAGACGACAGGUUGGACGAUCGCAGCGACGACCUCCAAUCUCAGGGCUCAGAGAUCCCGGCGGACAACACUGACGGCCUGUCGGAGAGAGACGGAGCGCUGGGACCGGCCAAAGCUCCGCUGGACGCCGGGGGGAAUCCUAAUGAGAGCCGGGCCCUGUGUGAUGACUCUGACUGCGACAGUGCAGAGCUGGACCAGCCGGGCAGCGGAGAGCCCAGCCGCCCCCCCGGCGCUGGAGCGUGGGUGCAGCCCCCUCUGCCCUACCAGGGGUCUCCACAGGCGCCACACACAGCUCCUCCAUAGAUAGCUGGAUGCUAGCAAAGACCUCCAGCUCCUAGUGAUGCAGUACAUUACUGUUGUCAUGAGGAAUCACACCUACUUCACCACUCAGACUAUGACAAGUCGACUUAUGGUGUCUCAUAAGUUUGUUGGAUGGCAUAGGACAUUUGUCAUAACCUGACAUCCGAUAUUUUGGCAGCUUGUGACAUCCGAUAAAUGUCAUUGAAGUUCAGUAGGGUUUUUGUUUUAGGCAAAAUAGUUACAGAAGUAACCUUAGCCACUGCUCCGGUUCAGCAGAAACCCAACCACUGACGCACGCACAAGAAACCACACUCGUUGUCUUUUAAACACUCUAAUCCUCACUCUGGGAGCAUCCUCCAUGAUACUCCACACACUAAUGCAUCAAAAAACUAAUGAAUAAUAAUGUAAAUAUCCAUUACAUACCACAUGAGAAAUAUCUAACUUUAUUUUAUUUGUAAGAUAGAAAUGUAAGACUAAAUGGUAUGCAGCCCUGUGAACAAAUGCAUGACUACGUGUUUAUAAUUUAUGGUUUGAAUGUGUCCGUUUUAUAUUUUGUGAAACUUUACACUUUUUUAAUCCUAAGUAUUACUUGAGUUUUUUUUCGUUAAUAAAUGUCAGCACUCAAGAAAAAAAAAAGGAAUGAAAAUCUCACCACGAUGUCGAUCACGAUGCAUAGUUAGGAUUCUCAGUAGGUAAUAUAUUAUUUUUUUUAACCCUCGUACUACUGAGUUAUAAAUACAUAAAAGACAUGGUUGAGGUUCUUUAUUAAGCUUAUCUUAGUGAUGGGAUGGAGAACAUUUGUGUCACAAAAAAAUGCACUUUUGCCAUUACCGGUGUAGCUUCACCGGUUUCUCAAAUUGUCGGCUAUUUGAUUGUGUUUCUUAGUAGGGUGUGUUCAUGUAAUGAAAUACACUAGCAUUGGUAACCAAGGUACUAUCUAAGCAACAAACACUGGUGCUAGUGCUUCAGUAAAGGAGACCCCUCCGAUUUAGCAUUGCACUCCUGUAACAUUGUCAGCCUAACGAAGAACAGUUCAAGAGAAAAAGCGAUCAAAAUCAGUACGGCAGGACCAGAGAUAUUGUCUGCUUUAUUCCACACAUUAUUAUAUCUGGUCAAAAACAUGGCGUCUGCAUUACCCACAAUGCACCUCGGCCAAGAGCAGUUGUUUGGGGACUCCCUAAAGAAUUGGUAGAAACCCUCUCCGUCCGAGCCGAGCUCACGUUAGUUGAGUUUUCCGGAAAAAUGUAUAAUGCACGCUUACAAUCUGAGAACAGGUUAUUUUUGGUUCAUGCGUUUCUAUAAUUUGCUAUGCACAUGGAAAUUGAGUCACUUUAAAUCCCAUUUGGGCCUAUUUUGAUCCAAGAUACAUUUAUCUGACUACAGAGGCCCCUCUUAAAAGAUGUAUCUUGUUGGACAUAAAGCGGAUAUAUAUUUCAGCACUAUUUAGUAAUGCAUAUUUUCCAUUACAACUUAGUGUUGUCCAAUUGUGUGCAGCAAAAGUGUUUAGUCAUUUAAAAAUCUGCUGGAAAGUUUAGCCGUGGCGCUAUGAAAGGAGCAAAAAGUGUAUCUUUGUAUCGAUGAUCACCAAAAAAAAUGUCAUCCAUGUUUGACCUUACAAUUAGGCUUGAGAUCUAAAGGUUGUGUAGGUUUAAUCCUGGGGUUAAGGCAACAAUUUGAUGAAUGGAACACUUUAGGUUACUGUUUUGCUAUCUUAUCCAGGAGGAGAAAAGCCUAUAUCAACAGAAUCAGGAUCAAGACAGUCAUGGUCACACAGCCAGUGGGAUGUAAGGAACCCUUCAGGUCAAAAACACUAAUGUUUUGGGAUUCCCAUUGGGCCAGAGUUUUGAUUUGUGUUUUGCAAGUAGCAGCUAAGGUCGCCCUCCCAUAGAGAUGAAGCGCUGGCUACAGAGCUCUAAUAAAGUCACCCAUUUCUAACUCCACACCUCCAGAAUACUUUUCAUUUUCGAAAUGGUAGUCUUCAGAGUUGUAUAAAAGAAAAAGGCAUUAAACAAUUUAAGUGUGUCAAACCUGUGGAGUUCCCCUUUAAGUAAAGAACCAAAAGGACUCCUGUAGUUCAUGAUGUUCCCGUUACCCUUUAAGAUGCGGAGGUAGCCAGAUAAGGAAUAGAGCACUUCUGUGGUGGUUACUAGUCGUAAGUAAGUAUCCUUUGGGUUUAAAUAGAAAUGUUUUGUUUUUAUACAGCAUUGCACAUUGUACCUGUAACAUAGGAAUUAUAUCAAAGGCAAAAUAUGAGCAACAAUAAAUGAUGUAUUGGUUAAAAAAAAA